UUGUUAUUUGUUGCUGUAAACCACACCAUCACCAAUAUAAAGCCCAGGAAAGGAUACAAGACCAGCGACCAACAACAACAGCAGAAAAAAAUAUAUAUACCAUGUCCAUUCUCCAUCGGAUUUAUAUCCUUAAAUAAAUGUCAAUCAAAAUAUAAAAUUUAUUUAAAUCUCACUAAAGAAAUCUAUCCAAAUCAAUGUAAUGAAACGGCUGCAUUGGGAAAAGCGUAUGAUGUUAUAUCGAAUAAUAAAAUCAUUGCAUUGAUCGGUCCAGCAUGUAGUGAUGAUGUACAAGUUGUUGGUCGUUUAGCCGCCCAUUUAGGAAUACCAAUAUUAACCGGAUUAGGUGAUGUUAUUAAUGAUGAUCGUUCAGCAUAUAGUACAUUGAUACGAACAUCAUAUGAUUUACGUGAUAAAGCACGUGCCAUUUUAGCAUUUAUGGCACAUCAUAAUUGGUAUCAUUUUGGUUUGAUCUACCGUUAUCAGGAUAUUUAUUAUUCAACAUUAGCCGAAGAAUUAUUUUCAUUAUUACAACGUAAUCGUAGUGAAUAUAAAAAUUUUGUUUGCACUUGUAAAGAAUCUUAUAAUCGUGAUCAUAAUAAAACGAUUAUAACGAAUCUACGAUUAGUGAUGGAACGAAUGCGUUCUUGUGCACGAAUUAUCGUUAUAAUUGGUGGCGAAAAAGAGGUACGAAAUAUGAUGUUGAUUGCAUAUUCAAUGAACAUGACAAAUGGUGAUUAUGCAUUCAUCUAUACUGAAUUGAUUGAAAAAGAAGCCAUCGGCAAUACAUCUUGGGCUGGUGGUAAUGAAUCCAAAGAAAUCAAAGAAAAACUUAAAUUUGCAUAUCAAUCAUUGUUGAUAUUAAGUCUAAAUCAACCACCUGGUGAACAUUACAAAAGUUUCAGUGAUCAAGUUAAAUAUUUAGCAUUGAAAGAAUAUAAUUUUGAAUAUAAUGAACAAAUGGUCAACUAUUUCACUGCAUCAUUUCAUGAUUCAGUUAUAUUAUUAUGUAAAUCAUUGCGUGAAAAUCAACCAUAUUCAAUCAAUCAAAAAUCAUCAACAAUUGUCGAUUUACGUAAAAAAAUAUUAAAAUCAAUGAAAAAUGUAACAUUUUCCGGAAUAUCCGGCAAUGUAACAAUAGAUCUAGAAGGUGAUCGUAUUGCAGAUUAUGCAUUGCUUGAUCAAACUGAUCCGGAAACAGGUCUUUUUGAGGUUGCGUUAAGAUAUUAUGGUGCAACGCAAACAUAUGAAUCGAUCAAAAAAAUACAUUGGCCAAAUGGUAAAGUACCAAAAGAUUUUCCUAAAUGUGGAUUCGAUGGAGCCAUAUGUAAAAGAAUCACAUUUCUUGGCAUCACAAUCGUUACAAUCGUAACCGUUCUAUUUAUAUUAAUCUUACUUGUUGUAUUUAUUUUGAGAAAAAUCAAAUAUAAAUUUGCCCUUGCCAAUAUGUCAUGGAAAAUCCGUUGGGAUGAAAUUGAACAGAUCAAUUUAGAAAGAUCAAAUUAUGAUUUUGAUCAUGAGGAUAUUGAAUCCGAUUCAAUUAAAACGGCCAUGGAUUCUGUUGUCACCGGAAUCUAUAAGGGAAAUCAAGUUGUCAUCAAAAAAUUACGUACAACUAAAUUUGAUUUAUCCAAAGAAAUACUGAUUGAAGUGAAAAUUAUGCGUGAAAUAUCACAUGAUAAUUUGACAAGAUUUUUUGGUAUUUGUACGGAAAAUUGUUUGGCCAUUGUAACGGAAUAUUGUUCAAAAGGUUCACUUAGAGGAUUAUUGGCCAAUUCAUCAUUGAAUUUAGAUUGGAUUUUUCGUUGUUCAAUUAUAAAUGAUAUCAUUUCUGGAAUGACUCAUCUACAUAAUAGUGAACAUAUCUAUCAUGGACGAUUACAUUCAAAUAAUUGUCUAAUUGAUUCACGUUUCUGUGUGAAAAUAUCCGAUUUUGGACUUAGAAAAUUAAAAAAUGAUUCCGGUUUAAUUUAUUCAUGUCAAUCGGUGGAUAAUCUUACGGAAAGUAUGCCAAAUAUUCAUCUAAAAUUAUCACGUAAAUGUCAAUUAAAUUGUUUGAAAGAAGAACGUAAUGAAAAUCUAUUGUAUUAUGCACCGGAAUUUUUUAUACCAUGUAAAUGUAAAAAAAAUCAUUUCGAUGCUUAUUGUUUGCAAACAAAUUCCGGUAGCCAAAAAGGUGAUUUAUAUAGUUUUGGUAUUAUUCUUCAAGAAAUUAUCUUACGACAAGAACCAUUCUAUCCACAUCAUAAACGAAUGCAUCUAUCUGAAAUUAUUAAACGAUCAAAAUUUGAAAACUUACGUCCAAUAGUGCCGGUGGAUGCCUGUGUACCGGAACUAUAUUCACUCAUGGUAAAUUGUUGGUCAACAAAUCCGGAUGAUAGACCGGAUUUUCAUAUGAUCAAAAGUGAAAUGAAAAAUCUAAUGAAAACAUUGAGCAUCAAUAAUAAUGUAUCGAUUAAUUCAACAUUAACCGAAAAUCUAUUGAUUCGUAUGGAACAAUAUGCAACCGAUUUAGAAAUGAUUGUACGUCAACGUACCAAUCAAUUGGCUGAAGAGAAAAAGAAAACUGAAGAACUUUUAUAUCAAAUAUUACCAAAGCCCGUUGCUGAUCAAUUAAAACGGGGCAAAAUGUUUGAACCAAAUUUUUUCGAUUCUGUUACAUUAUUUUUCAGUGAUAUUGUUGGAUUCACACAUCUUAGCUCGAAUAGUACACCUAUGCAGGUGGUAGAUUUUCUAAAUGAUCUCUAUACAUUUUUCGAUUCCAUUAUAUCCGAUUAUGAUGUUUAUAAGGUGGAAACUAUUGGCGAUUCUUAUAUGGUUGUAUCUGGUUUACCAGAAAAAAAUGGCAUCGAACAUGCACGACAAAUUUGUCGUAUGGCAUUGAAAAUAUUGGAAAUGAUGCCCAGUUUUGUUAUUAAACAUCGUCCUGAAGAGAAACUUAAGCUACGUAUUGGAAUCAAUACCGGUCCUUGUUGUGCUGGUUGUGUUGGAAAUAUAAGACCAAGAUUUUGUCUAUUUGGUGAUGCCGUCAAUACAGCAUCACGUAUGGAAAGCAAUGGUGAACCAUUGAAAAUUCAUGUCAGUUCAUCAACAAAAUCAGUGCUGGAAUUAUUCGGCACAUUCAUAUUGGAACCACGUGGUGAAAUAUUUAUCAAAGGAAAAGGAAAAAUGUUGACCUAUUGGCUAUUGGGUGAAAAAUAAUGAUAAU